UCCCUCCUCCGCGUGUGUGUGUGAGAGAGAGAUUUGAGUUCUCACAGUCAGGCGUGGUAUGAGUGUUGAAAAUCUUCUCAAACACGUUAAAGAAGAAGACUCUUUUACACGCACAGAGAGGUGUGAGAGAAGAAGACGACUGGAUCACAGACUUUGCGUUAACGAAGAGAUUUUCUCCAAUUUUUUCCUCUCUGCCUCUCUUUCUUUCUAGAUGGUGAGAGCCUUCUAGUUCUUCAACUUGGGUGUUAUUCAUGGUUGCUAUCAGAUACUUGGUGGUUUGAGCCCAAGCACAGUUUAAUUGCAUCCAGAUAAUAGGGUGGAAAAUAUGAGUCAGACGAAUACCAAAGUUCGAUUUGUUAGAUGUCCUAGAUGCCGGGAGGUUCUUCCUGAGAUGGCAGAUUUUCCGGUGUAUAUAUGUGGAGGAUGUGACAUAAUUCUUGAAGCUAAAAAUCGGAAAAAUGAGACCAAAGACACAAGAUCACACUUACAUAAAACAGACCAUCCCCAGGAGAAUGGAAUGGAUAAUAUUUCUGAAGACAGAGAAGCUAGCAAAUCAAAUAAACAAGCCGUUCUUCCUUCCACAGCAGAAUCUUCACCAGAUAAAACCAGGGAGAGGACUCAAUAUGAAUUUGGACAUUGCAAUAUGGAGCAUCCUGGAGGUAGGAACAUUUCCAAUGAACUUCUGAGCUCAUCUGAGCUUCUUUGUCGUGGGAAUGAAGAGUUGUCGCCAGAAGCCAGAGUACCGAUGGAAAUGGAUGAAGAUAAAUGUCAUUUGGACCAAUAUAAUGGAAUGAAUCAAAACAACUCUGGGGAUUGCAAUGGAAAGCGGCCUGAAGGAAGAACCUUUCCCAAUUUACUUCAUAGGUCAAGUGAGCUUACUUGUCAUGAGAAUGGAGAGUCAUCACCAGAAGCUAUAGCACUUGAGGAUUUGGAUGAAGAUGAAUGUCCUUCACCCCGAUGCAGUGGAAGGCAUCGAAAUGAAAUUGCAGAUUCCAUUGAGGAGAGGACUGCGGGUUUAAAAUUUUCUACUGAAGUCUCUUCAACUGAGGUUUGUCAUCGGUGUCCGUUGUCAACAGGAGCUGGAGUACAUAUAGCAGUGGAUGAAAGCAAAUUCUCUUUGGAAUUUAAAAAUGGAUGGGAUCAAAGUAAAUAUGAAGGUUACAAUGGGAAGGAGCCAGGAAAUAUUAAUGAUUCCAAGGAAGUUUCUUCAUCUGCUGAGCUUACUUGUCAUGAGGUAGAAGAGCAAUCUAUGGUGGCUAAUAUGGUUGUAGGUGGAGCAGGGGUGGAAGGUUCUUCAUCUAUAGAGCUUACUUGUCACCAGGUAGUAGAGCAAUCAUCAAUGGCUAACAUGGCUGUAGGUGGAGCAGGUGUGGAAGUGAAAGUUUCUUCAUCUACUGCGCUUAGUCAUGAGAUAGAAGAGCAAUCUACAGUGGUUGACAUGAGCUCCAUGGCUGUAGGAUCUACUGACCUUACUCAUCAUGAGGUAGAAGAGCAAUCUACAUUGGCUGAAAUGGCUGUAGGUGGAACAGGUGUAGAAGUGGCUGAAGAUUGUAGGAGUGGUUCUCUCUAUAGAAGCUCAAGUCCCAAAAAAUUUCAAGCUACAAAUCCAAAUGAUUCAGUCACUUCUGCUCAGAGGCCAUUGGAUGAGAGCAUUUCAGCAGAUGAUCUUACUUCUCCUCCCAAAGAACUGCUGGAGCAAUCUCAGAAUUGCAUUCUCCAGGGUUUUGACCGAGUAAGCUCUUUAGAUACAUCGGAAAAUCUACCCUCUGUCAAGCCCAGCCCUGGGGUCGGUGUUAAAUUUAGAGAUAUGUAUAGAUCUCCAACAAGUAGAAUGUACUAUGCUUAUGAUGGUAGUCUGUCUUCUUUAGACGGCACUGACGAUCAAAUCCCUGACUGGCAUCUUCACGUACGGAAAAGGAAUUCGAAGGAGGCACGCGUCGCCAGGACUAAUGGAUUGCCCCGCAGAAAUGAAUUUAGGGUGAAAGAUGUGGUCGGUAGUGAGUUAGAAAUGCAUCAUCGAGCAAUGAAUCCCUCAUCAGUUGCACAUGGGAAGAAGCAUCACGCCAUGGAAGGCACCAAGCAGCAUGGAGAUGAAUUGCCGCCACCCACCAGGCAUAGCCUUCCAUUCAGAGGUAAGAUGAGAUUGGAGACAGAUGAGCAUCUAUCUAGAAUGCCUUUCUAUUCAAAGGGUUCCCCAUCUGGCCACGGAAAUGGCAUGCUUUCCCGUCAUGGGCACAAGGAAUUCCAAAACCAGUCUAGCUAUCAUUCACCUGACGAGCCUGGGUACCCUGAACAAGACAGAAUGGAACUGUUGAGAAUGGUUUGUGAACUCAACGAUCAGCUCAACCGAACACAUAUUUCCAAAAUGAAGGCAAAUAGUAGGGUCCCUGCUGGAGUUCGUAGGAUGGAGAAGCAGAUUGCCCCAUGCUACGAUCACUUAGCAUCGGAGGACAUGUAUCAUGAGUUAAACUAUCCUGGGUAUCCUAGAAGAUACAUGCAAAGGAAAAACCAGCUCCAGUGUGGUAGAAUCUCACGAAUGGCUUUCUCAGGGGAGACCACACACUGCAGACACCAAAUUGAUUGCUCCUGUCUGCAUUGCUGCCCCCAAACCUGGCAUCACUCAGUACAGUCGCCUCCAUGUGUCGUUUGCUGUAACAAAAGUCGUACUUCUCACCACACCCAUGGCCGUUACAACCUCUAUUCCUAUAGCCCCUCAAGUCCCCAGCAUUAUGCAAGCUCUGAGUAUUCCUCAUGGAGGCGUGAUGAUAUAAUGUCUGACGAUCAAUGGCCAAGAGAUCAUGAAGUGAAAAAAUUGCCACAGAGGGAGAAACAUCACUCGAUGAAGCGACAUAUCCAGCCUGUUGCAGGUGGAGCACCCGUCAUUGCUUGUUACCGUUGCUUGAAACUGCUGCAGCUUCCGGCAGAUUUUCUACUCUCUGGAAGGAAAUGCCAUCGGCUGAGGUGCAGUGCUUGUUCAGCAGUACUUACAUUUUCACUUCAAAAUAGUACUCAACGAGUUCCUUUCAUUCCUGGUGCCAUAGCUCCUCCACCAAGUGAGGUUGAUGACUAUAGUGAUGCUAUCAAUAAGCGGAAUGUGGCAUCAACAUCUCAUGCCAAUGUUUGUCCGCAUGCUGAACCUGUAUCUUAUUCUGAUGACUAUGGACAUUCUGUCUGUAAAAGUUGCUCUACUGAAGGAUAUCCUUUCUCCCUCGCUCCAUUUCACAUCCUCAAAAGGAAUCCUACAGAUAGAAAGAUGUCAUAUGGUAGUUCCUUCGAGCUAAUGAAAGAGAGAAGGAAGAAGGCUGCCUUGAAAGAGCUGAACAAAUACAAAAAUCCUAUGGUUGAAUCAGCCGGGCCUUCAUCCCAUAUGUACAAUCGGGAGAAAUCAUCCUUCGAAAUUGAGAAACUGAAACCAACAACAUGUUCUCCGCUUCAUCAGCUUAUGGGAUAUUCUUCCCCGAGUCAAGUGACAAGAAGAUGAGCAGUUACCAUGUCCACAAAAAAACUGAGGUCCAGAAGAUGACGACUGCUUUUUCUCUCUCCAGGUACAUGAACUCUAAAGAAGCAAAUUCUUUUGAAAGUGUUAACAGCAUUGAAACUUAAGGGUAUAUGAAUUUAAGAUCGCUGAAUAAUCUUUAGCUUAAAAAGUUGAGAACGAAGAGACCUGGUUGAAGCGGGAAAUUUCAAGGAUUUAUGACUGAUUGAUCAGAAAAUCGAUGUGAUCCACCCUGAAAAUUCUAGUGUUUGAGCUUAUUUUUGAAGAGGAGCAAGUUGUUAUCAUUUGUUCUUGAGAUUGUGUACAGUAGAUAUAUCAUUGUAGAUAUAGCAUUAACUAUAGUAAAUGAGAAGCCAAAGUUGAUUUUGUAUGUAUAAAAUAGAUGUCCGCCGGAGAAGUGUCCUAUAGUCCUAUAUGAGGUGAUUUGUUCAUUUGUAUAUUAACUAGGGUAAUUCAUAUUUGAAAGUACGGUGAAAAUUUAAGA